AUGGACACACCACUUAUUCGUGAUCUUGCUCAAUGGACGAAUAGUUUCUUUAAAUCAAUUGGACUUAAACAACUUCCUCCAUCACCACCACCACCUCCACCACCUGUAGCAGCAAAAUCUUUGGUUUCAAGUUCAAUGUUAUCAUCAACUACGAACAAUUUUAUUCGUUGUGCUGGUUUGUCUGGUGCAUCGGCUAUUUGUUUAGGUGUCUAUGGAGCUCAUAUGAUGAAAGACAAUACAUCCGAUGACCUUAGACGUUUAUUUGAAUUGGCACAAACAUAUCAUUUACUACAUUCAGUAGCUUUACUUGGUUUACCAUUAGUUUCUCGACCAAUGGUUACUGGUUCUUUAUUUCUCGGUGGUAUGGUACUUUUCUGUGGUCCAAUGUAUUUUCAUGCUAUUCGUAAUGAUACGCGAUUUCGUCCUAUAACACCAUAUGGUGGUAUUCUUCUCAUUGCUGGAUGGUUGUCUAUCAUUAUACUUUGA